CAACAAAACAAUGACCAUGUUCAAAUUCGCCGAACAGAACAGAUAAGGUCAAUCCGACAAAGAAACCAAACGCCUAAGUAGCCCAGAGCCAAUGUUCGUCACAUUUAACGGCUGUUGUCCCUAGAGGUGGACCACGUUCCUCCCCGGGUAGGCUUUCCCUGUCGUCUGUUCCAACUCGCCCACAGCCCCUUUUCACCCGACUUGGAUUCCCACAACGUCAAGGGAGGUACCUGGGAGACGCCCAAUUCCAUCGCCACCAAGAAUCAAAAUGUGCAAAGUCCGCGUGGUGCAUUUCCUAACGCACGAUGCGCGCGUCCUGAUGGCCACCGACCCCUUCAGCGACCGCAGCGAACCCGGCGAUUUCAUAGCGCCGACCAUUACCGGCGGUUGUCCACAGGCAUGCGUCGACUCACUGGUCAAGUCCCAAGCCCAAAACCCCGCUCUUGAGCGGUUCGACCCGUGCGACCAGCAUGAUUGCUGCGUGACCACCCAACUCAGCGUAAGGUGCCAGCGCUUCCUAGACCACCCCGGCCAGCUAGGCCCGUGGGGCGUGGCAUCGGAGACGGAGUGCCCCAACCAUUUCAUUAUCAAUGAGUGCCACCCCAUCGCCACUGUGCUGCGGGACGUCCCAGUACCCCCUGGGGCCCGGUGGGGGACCAAGAACGCCCCCCCUUACUUCCCCGCGACGGAGCUGUUCUACUCCUCCACCAUCACUGCGGCCACGGUACCGGACGAGGAGAGCAAUGGACUCUACAACGACCGCACUCAGUUCCAGCUGCUGGGGGUCGAGCUAGCCAUGCAGAAGGAGAUACUGGAGCAUAACAUUAAAUUCGCCACCGAUUAUAUGGGGUCGCUGGAACGGAAGUUCAACGACCUGGAGGGGCUGAAAGCUUUGGCGACGAAGGACGAGCUCAGGCUGGCACGCAGGUUUGUGGCCAUGGCGAAAUUCGCCGAGCGCGAGGCCGCCAGAAUCUACCAACAGAUGAUGCAGCGGACUGGGUUUGUGCUGACCAUGCUCAACAGGAUGCCCGACCCCGGACAGAGCGUGACCGUCGCGGACGGAUUGUUCUCUAUCUCGCGGGAGCGGUUGGAUCUCGGGGGCCUUGAUUACCAGGCGGUGAUCGAUGCCUGCGACGGGCCGCUGAAGAGGUCUGUGAAGCUCCGACAUCGACUGAAGAAGAUUACUACUGCUAUAAAAGCUCUCAAGAAGACUAGGACCAAAAGGAAGAUGAGGGAGGGCGCUCGGAAAGAGCCUGUCCUUGCAUCUCAUGGGAUGCAAUGAGUUAUUAGAAGAGAAAGUGAGUUCGAAGGUAGAGGGAGUAUCGAUUCUCCGGUUGUGGACAUAAGUGCCAGGUUAAAAAGUCCAAAGUUGGGUACCUAUUUGAUUUCCUAGUUCCAAGACGACACAAGAGAAUAUGAUAGAAUAGAGGAUGAAUGUAAUGGCGCCCUGGAACUUUCCUCUGAUAUCUGGCGGUUGUGAAUGUAACCUGAAGUUCUGAGCGUGGUAUUGUUAAUUAGGGGCGGUGAGACCUCUUUAGGCCUUGCACGAUGAGUUGUGUGGUUCCGUCAGUAAUAUAAC